CCAUGGUCUGACACAGGUUUUCUGGUUGGCCUUUCUCUUUCCAAUCUCAUGGGUAAGAUUGAAAUCCCCUCAGCACACUUCUUUUUCCUGCCUCAACAAUCAAACAAUUGCAAAUAUUCAAACGCUUUGGACUCAAAAUCCCCAACUGGGUUUCACAAGUUAAGAUUAUUAGUGCACACCCAAUUCUUAGUAAUUGUUGCUUCUAUGCCUAUUUGAUUGGAGGACCCAGAAGCUUUUCUUUGUUUGGAGGGUAUCAAUGUGGAUCUAUGUUGGGCAAAAUCUAUUGGCUUAACAUGGAGGACAUGCCCAGAUGACAGGGGCACCAGUCCUUAACCAAACCCAUCUCUUUUUACCUUCCAACCCUCCACUGGGAUGCCCAGAAACGAGUUCAAGGUCGAAGGAGCAAGAAAGCUUGUCACUGUUGAAGAGAUGCAGGAACAUGGAAGAAUUGAAGCAAGUUCAUGCUCAUAUUCUCAAGUUGGGCCACUUUUGUGAUUCUUUUUGUGCAGGAAAUCUUGUGGCCACUUCUGCUCUAUCAGCUUGGGGAAGCAUGGACCAUGCCUGCUCAAUUUUCCAACAAAUCAAUGAACCUGGAACCUUUGUAUGCAACACUAUGAUUAAAGGACAUGUCAAGGCUAUGAACUGGGAUAAAGCUUUGCUUCUUUACUGUGAAAUGCUGGAGACAGGAGUUGAACCUGACAAUUUCACUUAUCCAGUUCUGCUCAAGGCCUGUGCUUGGUUACUGGCAAUUGAGGAAGGGAUGCAAAUUCAUGGUCAUAUUUUAAAGCUUGGGCUCGAAAAUGAUGUGUUUGUGCAGAAUAGUUUGAUCAGCAUGUAUGGAAAGUGCGGAGAGCUAGAACGUUCUUGUACUGUUUUUGAGCAAAUGGAUCAAAAGAGUGUUGCUUCUUGGAGUGCCAUCAUUGCAUCUCAUGCUAAUUUGGGUAUGUGGUGUGAGUGUCUGAUGCUUUUUGGGGAUAUGAGAAGGGAGGGUUGGAGGGCUGAAGAAAGCACAUUAGUCAGUGUACUCUCUGCUUGCACUCAUUUGGGUGCACUUGAUUUGGGAAGGUGCAGCCACGGAUCUUUGUUGAGAAACAUUAGUGCACUCAAUGUAAUAGUACAGACUUCCUUGAUAGACAUGUAUGCUAAAUGUGGGUGCCUAGAGAAAGGGUUGUGUCUAUUCCAGAAGAUGAACAAGAAGAACCAAUUAUCUUAUACUGUGAUGAUCUCUGGGCUUGCUGUCCAUGGGCAUGGCAGGAAAGCUCUCGAGCUUUUCUCAGCGAUGCUCCAGGAAGGUUUGACACCUGAUGCAGUUGCUCAUUUGGGUGUCCUAAGUGCCUGCAAUCAUGCAGGCCUAGUAGAUGAGGGUCUCCGGUGUUUCAAUAGGAUGAAAGGCGAACAUAAAAUUCAACCUACAGUUCAACACUAUGGUUGCCUAGUAGACCUUAUGGGCAGAGCAGGAAUGCUCAAGGAAGCAUUGCAGCUCAUUACUAGCAUGCCCGUUAGGCCAAACGACGUCAUAUGGCGAAGCCUUCUUAGCGCUUGCAGAGUUCACAAAAACCUGGAAAUAGGGGAGAUUGCAGCUCACAUGCUAUUCCAAUUGAAUUCCCAAAACCCUAGCGAUUAUGUGGUGCUAUCAAAUAUGUAUGCACAAGCGCAAAGGUGGGACAACAUGGCUAGAACAAGAACAGAAAUGGCUUCCAAGGGCUUGACACAGACACCUGGAAUUAGCUUGGUAGAGGUGAAGAGAAGAGUCUACAAGUUUGUUUCACAGUCACACCACCAAUGCGACGGCGUCUACAAGAUGGUACACCAGAUGGAAUGGCAACUGAGAUUCGAAGGCUAUUCGGCUGACACAUCUCAAGUAUUGCUUGAUGUAGAUGAAGAAGAGAAGAGAGAGAGGUUGAAAUACCAUAGUCAGAAGUUAGCAAUUGCUUUUGCUCUCAUACAUACAUCUCAGGGGUCUCCCAUAAGAAUAGUUCGAAAUCUCAGGAUGUGUAGUGAUUGUCACACGUACACUAAAUUUGUUUCUAUGAUCUAUGAACGGGAAAUUACCGUAAGAGAUCGAAACCGGUUCCAUCAUUUUAAAGAUGGAAAUUGUUCUUGUAGAGACUACUGGUGAAUCUGAAUAUCCAAUUUUCAAUUGUGUUUUUCUUUCCUA